AUGGUUCUUUCUCAAAGGACUCCAAAACGAUCAUCCGGCAGUAAAGCCAAGAAGUCCAAGAAGUCACAAAGCACAAAGGUUCAAACCGAAAGACCUCUAGCUAAGACAUCUCAAGCCCCUCUAGCUAAGACGUCUCAAGCCGUGAAGAAACCAUGGGGUGUCGACAAAGGAACCCAAACGACUGGUCCACCUAAACUCACAGAGUUCACACCCUUCCCCAGACUACCACUCGAAGUGCAACGACAAAUCUGGCGCUCCAGUUUCGAACCCACAAAAGUCGAGCUCCGAUGUGGAGUCGUACGAACCAUCCCACGCGGCCAGUACGUUCCCUACGAUUAUCCGUACGAGCAACGUUCUAGAGAUCGUCUCAUCUGCAUGCAACACAAGACUCCGCCUACCAGCAGAAUCCCCAUUGCCUUUGUCAAUCGAGAAAGUCGCGCCGAGACACUCCGCCACUACGUUCGUCUCUACCAGGAUCUUCAUACACCCGAGCACGGCCCAAAUCUUGUGUACCCGUGUACGCUCUAUUUCAACCCGGAGAUCGAUACCCCCAUCUUCUCCGCAAACAAGACGCAAUACACGUUUGACAAAAUACAUCUCUCCCUGGAGAGACUAUUUCCUGCACACGACCCAGUUGCCGUCGAAACCAUGAAAAGCAUCCGCAAAAUCGAGAUCGAGUUCGCAGGAUCAUACGAAUCCAAUCGCGAUUCAUACGAUCUCGAUUCCUGUCGCGAUGCCCUAGCGAUGUUUGAGAAUCUGGAAAUCGUGCAGAUAUUGAGUACCAACGCGCGUCCCAAUCCCUCGUUCGACGCGCAUUCCUUCAUAUCCCAAUAUUACUCCCGCGAGGGAAAUGGCCCGAGCUGGAAUAGGAAAACUCCAGUGCUGGUGCGCUUCUGGUCUCCGCCGGAUUGGCUUUUCAACAUCAACAAAUCGAGCGAUCCUGAGGCGGUGGCUCAAAGGUUACGCUGGCGUGAAGAGCAAGCUUCCAGAUAA